AUGGCUACUCCAGCGCCCGAGCUCAAUAUACCGCCGUCGACUGCCACAGUUAAUGUAUCCAUUAUCAACACCACUGGAACAAUACGAGGCGUCAACACGUGGAAGUUUGUUGAACCGUCCAUCAAGGGCCACGACUGGCUUUCAACGCCGUGUUAUGCAUUUUUGAUUCAACAUCCCACUCUAAACCGUUCACUUGUCUUUGAUCUAGGCAUCAAGAAGGACCUGGAGAAUUUGCCCCCGCAUCUUCUCGAAAGAUUCAAACAGAGUGGAUAUACCGUUGACGUGCCAAAGCAUGUCAGAGAAAUCCUAGAUGAGGGCGGCGUGGAUACCAAGUCCAUUGAAGCCGUCAUCUGGUCGCACUGGCACUUUGAUCAUACGGGGAAUCCCUCCACUUUUGAUCCCAACACCAAGCUGAUCGUGGGACCCGGCUGCAAAGAAAAGAUCUUUCCCGGCUAUCCCGACAACCCGACGGCGGCGUUCUUGCAAAAGGACGUUGAAGGCCGGGAGAUUGUGUCGCUGGAUUUCGCGCAGGCCCCGCUCGCCAUUGGCCGCUUCGACGCUAUAGACUAUUUCGGCGACGGGUCCUUUUACCUCCUCGACUCGCCGGGCCACGCUGUCGGCCACGUGUGCGGUCUCGCGCGCGUUACCACCUCCGCCCAUCCCAACGACAAUGACAGCUUCAUUCUCAUGGGUGGAGACGCCGUGCACCACGGCGGCGAGCUGCGACCGCACCCAUAUCUGCCGCUGCCGGGCGCCAUUGCUCCCCACCCCUUUACCGCGGCUGCCCAUGCCGCCUGUCCCGGCGAGCUGUUUGAGACGGUGCUGCGCGACGGGAGAGAUCAGCCGUUUUAUCUCCCGGCCGCGCCUCCGAGCGUGCACUAUGAUGUCCCCGAGAUGAUCGAGUCCAUCAAGAAGCUGCAAGAGUGCGAUGCCCACGACAACAUCCUGGUUGUACCGGCGCAUGAUGCAGCUCUUCUCAGCAUAGCCGACUUUUUCCCGCAUUACGCAAACGACUUUGCCGCCAAGGGUUGGGUAAAGAAGGCGAGGUGGGCAUUUUUGAAGGAUUUUGCCGAGGCGGUUGGAUACAAAGGGGAGAUUGCAAACCCAUAUGAUUUCUCGCCUGUGGUGAAGAAUUAA